UGCAGGGAAUCAAGGCUGGGAGGAGAGGGGCUGUCAACAACCGCGACAAAUCGUCUUGACGACUUCAUUUGACCUGAUUCCACUCUCGUUUACCUGUUCCUCUUCUUGGUUCGCACGAUGGUUGACUUUAUUUUCGAGUUGUGAUGCCAAGAGAGUGGAAGCGAGCUGCAUUGUCUCUCUGCAUAGAUCUUUCUCACUCUCCAUUCUGCCAAAACAGUGCGAUUUCUGUUUGAAGCAUUGUUUAGGUAGUAUAUUGGUAACUGUUUGAUCAUUUAGCUGGUUAUCUGUAUAGUUAGUCGCUCAUAAUUGUUGCAGUUAAUUGAUUUACAUUUUUUAGUUUGUCUUUUGCCGUCAUGCUUUAUUGUAAUGCGGUUUUAGCAGGCUAAAGAAACAUGAAGUUUCUUAGGUGAAAUCCUUACUGUGGCAUACUCUGGUGCGCAAUAGACCUCCAUUAGCAAUUGGCUAGUCUCUUUUACCAAUAAGCAUCCCCAUCAAACCAAGAUAAACAAUUUUGUGGACGGAAGCCUAAGUGCACGAUGAGGUCCCUCCAGGACUUUUUGAAUUGCACUUAAAAAGGAGAGCGAAGGAGAGAGAGGCUACAGGAAGCGACGCCUGCCAACCCUCAAAAACACCAAACAUUCUCGCCUCAUCUUAACCUUUGAAAAUAAUUACAACUCUUGAUUAGGUUGCUAGAAUAUUUUGAUAUAGACGUUCUUAUUUCUCAGUAAACUAAAGGAAGAUGAAGAAGUUUCGGAAGGUACUGGAUGGCCUGUCUUCCUCCUCUCAGGGGGCUGUCGCGUCCCCGUCAUGCAGCAAUGCAGCCGGUACCCCGCCCACUCCACAGGAUAUCCAUGUCCAGGAGACGCUACUCUCGGAAAACUUUCACAUAUGCAAGACGGUACGCCAUGGCUUCCCCUACCAGCCCACCUGCCUGGCAUUCGACCCCGUCCAGAAGAUCCUAGCCAUCGGCUCCAGAACAGGAGGCAUACGGAUACUGGGCCGGCCUGGUGUGGACUGCUACAGCCAGCAUGAGAGUGGAGCCGCUGUUCUCCAGCUACAGUUCCUCAUCAAUGAGGGAGCUCUGGUCACAGCAUGUGCAGAUGACACGCUGCACCUGUGGAACCUUCGCCAGAGACGCCCAGCCAUCCUGCACUCGCUCAAAUUCAACAGGGAGAGGAUCACGUUUUGCCACAUCCCCUUCCAGAGUAAAUGGCUGUACGUGGGCACAGAGCGUGGCAACACACACAUCGUCAACAUCGAAUCCUUCGUUCUGUCUGGAUACGUCAUCAUGUGGAACAAGGCCAUAGAGUUAGCAACUAAAGCCCAUCCAGGACCCGUAGUCCAUCUGAGUGACAGCCCGAAGGAUGAAUGCAAGUUGCUGAUAGGGUUUGAAAGUGGAACAGUAGUACAGUGGGACCUCCGGGCCAAGAAGGUUGACUUCAGAAUCUACUACGAUGAAGCUAUCCAUUCUGUGAGCUGGCACCAUGAAGGGAACCAGUUCAUGUGUAGCCACUCAGACGGCAGCUUGACUAUGUGGAACCUGAGGAACACAGCCAGACCUAUUCAGAUCACAUAUCCUCAUGGGAAGAUACUGAAGGAAGGGAGGAAGGAGUCGUGUAAGCCCAUCCUCAAGGUGGAAUACAAGACCUCCAGAAACAGCAACGAGCCCUAUGUCAUCUUUUCUGGGGGUCUGUCAUAUGACAAGGCUGGGGGACGGAGGCCCACCCUGACCAUCAUGCAUGGCAAGGCCAUUACAGUGCUGGAGAUGGACCACCCUAUCGUAGAGUUCCUGGUGCUCUGUGACACCCCAUACUCCAACAAGAUCCAGGAUCCGUAUGCGGUGGUGCUGCUUCUAGAAAAGGACUUUAUCAUGGUUGAUCUGACACAGAGCAAUUUCCCUAUCUUUGAGAACCCAUACUCCAUGGACAUCCACGAGUCUCCUGUCACCUGUACAGCCUACUUCGCCGAAUGCCCCUCGGAUAUCAUCCCAGUCCUCUACUCCGUAGGAGCCAAGCAGAAGAAGACCGGCUACAGCCACAAGGAGUGGCCAGUGAGUGGCGGUACGUGGACAUUAGGCUCACAGACCUACCCAGAGGUAAUCGUCACAGGACACGCAGAUGGAACCGUAAAGUUUUGGGAUGCAUCUGCUAUUACACUGCAGAUGCUGUACAAGCUGAAGACGUCUAAGGUGUUUGAGAACCCCAAUGCGGGUGAAGGCCGGGCGGUCGAGCAGGUAGAGGAGGACCCUUACGCCAUUCAGAUGGUCCGCUGGUGCCCGCAGAGCCGUCUCUUCUGUGUGGUGGGCAUCUCUGCCCACGUCAUCCUCUACCGCUUCAGCAAACACGACGCCAACGCAGAGAUAGUGUCUCUAGAAGUGCGUCUGCAGUUUGAUUCAGAGGACGUCAUCUCCCUGUCAGAGACAGACCCAUGUUUCUCGGACCCCAGUUCGCACUCCCCCCAGAUGCCCGGUAGCCCCAGCAACGGCUCACAAGACAGCCUCCACUACCGCAAGGUGAAGAGUCGUCCAGUGCGCAUGCCCCCGGGGUAUCAGGCUGAGUUGGUGAUGCAGCUACAGUGGGUGGAUAGAGAGCCCCCCCAGCAGAUCACCAGCCUGGAUAUCAACUCUGCCUAUGGCCUUCUAGCGUUUGGGAGCUGCAAUGGUCUAGUGGUGGUGGACUACAUUCAGAAGACCAUCCUGAUGUGUGUGAGCACGUUGGACCUGUAUGGAGCCGCUGACCCCUACCAACGUCUCACACGCUCCCCACGCAAAAACAGACAGUCCACCUCAGGCCUAACGGAACUGUCCGACAACCAGGUGUCCAUGGACAUGGAGAAAAGCAAGUCACCCACCUCAGAUCAUGUCAAUGGACAUUGCACUAGCCCCACCUCCCAGCCAUGCUCCUUGGGGAAGUCUCGCAUUCCAGGGGCUCCUGAGGGCCCGCGGCUCCCCCGGAGAGGGCCCGGCCGACCACCCUUCCGCAAGGCCCAGUCUGCCGCUUGCAUGGAGAUCUCUUUGCCAGUUUCCUCCCUCACGGAAGAAAGCAGAGAGAAUUCGUUCAGCUUCUCGCGGAGCUCCAGUGUGUCCAGUAUCGGCCGCGACACCAAGGAAGUGGUGACCACGCUGCAUUUCGGAGAGUCCUACGGUCGUAAAGGUGACUCCGUGCCCACCGCCUGCCUGUGGGUGGGCACCAGCCUGGGCGUGGUCCUCCUACUGCCCAUAUCCAUCCCCACAGAGAAGGAGAGGCUGGAGGAGCCUGUCACCAUGGGGCCCAGCGGUACCGUCCUGAUGCUGAAGGGCCCAGUGCUAAGCUUUUCCUUCCUGGACUGUGGGGGCACCCUUAUCCAGAGUCCCUAUGAGGUAUGGCGGGAACCCAACGUCCCGGAGGACCCCGACGAGCCCUGCAGGCGCAAGCUGGUCAACUUAUCCCCGCUGUCUUCCCAGGAGGCAUGUGGGGACGGUCACCUGGCCGUGGUGUGUUCUGAGAAACAGGCCAAGGUCAUCCUCAUGCCUACCCAGGCCGUCCUGUUCACACACAACGUCACAGAGUCUUCCUUCCUCCUGCGGGCCGACGUCGUCUCCGUCUGCAACAGCGUCUGCCUGGCCUGCUUCUGCGCCAACGGACACGUCAUGACCCUCAGUUUGCCCAGUCUUAGACUCCUGAUGGAUACUAACUACUUUCCCAUGACGGACAUGCGUAUCGCCCGUACCUUCGUCUUCACCAACGGCGGUCAGGCUCUGUACCUGAGCUCUCCUACAGAGAUACAACGCAUCGCAUACAGCCAAGAGAUGACGGACAACCUGCAGGACAUGCUGGGGGAGCUGUUCACUCCUAUUGAAACACCAGAGGCCCAGAACCAAGGAUUCCUCAAGGGUUUCUUCUGGGGCAACGCCCAGACCUUCGACAGAGAAGAGCUGUUUGGGGAGGCAGCAGCGGGAAAGGCCUCUCGGAGCCUGGCCCAGCACAUCCCUGGUCCAAUGGGAUUGGAGAACGUGAGGGCUGCAGCCGGCGGGGUGGUGGGGGACCUGGCCCGAGCCCGCAUCUCCUUGGAGCAGAGAGGAGAGAGACUGGGAGAGCUGGAGGAACGCACCACCCUCAUGAUGAAAAGUGCAGAGACGUUCUCAACACACGCCCACCAGGUAAUGCUGAAACACAAGGACAAGAAAUGGUAUCAACUUUAAAGUAGGACAGCGGGCCACGACGGCUGGUGCUUUGUUGGGACAUGGACCAUCACUCUACAGAUGAGAGAGAGAAAGAGAGAGAGACAGCGAGAGAGAGAAAGAGAGAGAGAGAGAAAUGACUUUGUGUUUAUGGGCCUCUCUGUAGGACGUCUGUACAUCAUUGUCACAAGACUUGGACAGAGGGCGGUCACUGAGAUGGACACAGACCAGGAAGUAAGUUGGUAAGACAGGGGAACCCAGGAAGUGGAUGAUGACAGUUCAUCAGUGUGUGUGUGGGUGGGUUACCCAGAGCUUGCUGUGUAGAUACUCUUAACAUUAUGAAACCAACAAGACUGAAAUAAACAAAAUGGAUGACUACUGAUAACAUACAACUGCCAUGUCAUAAGGCAGCAUGCUACUGUAAGAAAUACUAAAUAUAAAAUGUAUUGAAUAAUAUAAUAUAAACAAAAGAAAGUGUGAUUUCAAAAAUAUAUAUAUAUAAUAAUGAAAAUGUAUACCUGCAUUGCUAUAAAGCCAAAAGUUUUUUUGUGUUGCCUUCUUAUAUAUAUAUAUAUUAUUAUAUUAUUCUUUAUCUCUUUAGGGUUUCUGAUAGAGAGAUGUAUCACUACACACAUAGAGAGACGCAUCACGACACACAUAGAGAGACGUAUCACUACACACAUAGAGAGACGCAUCACGACACACAUAGAGAGACGUAUCACUACACACAUAGAGAGACGUAUCACUACACACAUAGAGAGACGUAUCACUACACACAUAGAGAGACGCAUCACGACACACAUAGAGAGACGUAUCACGACACACAUAGAGAGACGUAUCACUACACACAUAGAGAGACGUAUCACUACACACAUAGAGAGACGUAUCACGACACACAUAGAGAGACGUAUCACGACACACAUUGAGAGACGUAUCACUACACACAUAGAGAGACGUAUCACUACACACAUAGAGAGACGUAUCACUACACACAUUGAGAGAUGUAUCACUACACACAUAGAGAGACGUAUCACGACACACAUAGAGACGUAUCACUACACACAUAGAGAGACGUAUCACGACACACAUAGAGAGACGUAUCACUACACACAUAGAGAGACGUAUCACUACACACAUAGAGAGACGUAUCACUACACACAUUGAGAGAUGUAUCACUACACACAUAGAGAGACGUAUCACGACACACAUAGAGAGACGUAUCACUACACACAUAGAGAGACGUAUCACUACACACAUAGAGAGACGUAUCACUACACACAUAGAGAGACGUAUCACUACACACAUUGAGAGAUGUAUCACUACACACAUUGAGAGACGUAUCACGACACACAUAGAGAGACGUAUCACUACACACAUUGAGAGAUGUAUCACUACACACAUUGAGAGACGUAUCACUACACACAUUGAGAGACGUAUCACUACACACAUCGAGAGACGUAUCACUACACACAUUGAGAGACGUAUCACUACACACAUUGAGAGACGUAUCACUACACACAUUCUGAACCACUACAUUUCACCAACAUUCAUUUCAUUCUGUUUGGGUGUUGCUACUGACUUGACCUGUUAUCUAAAAAAAUAUAUAUACAUUUCAGCCACAUGAUGGGAAUAGAUGUGUAAUGUGUGAAUGGUAAUAAGUUGUGUUGGCUGAGGGGCCCGUGGUGACAGUGGUGUGUGUUGGCUGAGGGGCCGUGGUGAUAGUAGCCUGUAUUGGCUUAGGGGUCGUGGUGAUAGUGGUCUAUAUUGGCUGAGGGACCGUGGUGAUAGUGGUUUGUGUUGGCUGAGGGGCCGUGGUGAUAGUGGUGUGUGUUGGCUGAGGGACCGUGGUGAUAGUGGUCUAUAUUGGCUGAGGGACCGUGGUGAUAGUGGUGUGUGUUGGCUGAGGGGCCAUGGUGAUAGUGGUCUAUAUUGGCUGAGGGACCGUGGUGAUAGUGGUUUGUGUUGGCUGAGGGACCGAGGUGAUAGUGGUGUGUGUUGGCUGAGGGGCCCAUGGUGAUAGUAGCCUGUGUUGGCUGAGGGGUCUUGGUAAUAGUGGUCUAUAUUGGCAGAGGGACCGUGGUGAUAGUGGUCUAUAUUGGCUGAUGGACCGUGGUGAUAGUGGUGUGUGUUGGCUGAGGGGCCCAUGGUGAUAGUGGUGUGUGUUGGCUGAGGGGCCGUGGUGAUAGUGGUCUAUAUUGGCUGAGGGACCGUGGUGAUAGUGGUGUGUGUUGGCUGAGGGGCCGUGGUGAUAGUGGUGUGUGUUGGCUGAGGGACCGUGGUGAUAGUGGUGUGUGUUGGCUGAGGGGCCGUGGUGAUAGUGGUGUUUGUUGGCUGAGGGACCGUGGUGAUAGUGGUGUGUGUUGGCUGAGGGACCGUGGUGAUAGUGGUGUGUGUUGGCUGAGGGGCCGUGGUGAUAGUGGUGUUUGUUGGCUGAGGGGCCGUGGUGAUAGUGGUGUGUGUUGGCUGAGGGGCCGUGGUGAUAGUGGUGUUUGUUGGCUGAGGGACCGUGGUGAUAGUGGUGUGUGUUGGCUGAGGGACCGUGGUGAUAGUGGUGUGUGUUGGCUGAGGGACCGUGGUGAUAGUAGCCUGUUAUUAAGUGUGUUUAUAUUUAUAAAAAAUUAUUAUUCACGUGCCAUAUAAUCAAUACUGGCUAAGCCCUUUACUUUAAACUAGCAAAGAGUUAGUCUGUGUGGUAAUAAUGAUGUUUCCUGUAGAUGAGAUUGGGUGAGACCAGCUUUUCGGUCUGGUCAUUGAUAGGUCGUCUUUCGUUGUCCACUGAGUUUCCGGUUCUUUUGGCAGAAUUCUGAUAUUCUUCUAUUUUUUUCCCCUGUAUUGUUUUGUUGGUGUUUUGUGUGGUUCUUCACUGGAAAUCUUCUGCCUGACUUUGUCAUAUCGUGUAUGAGUUUGUUGAGUCAUUGAGUGACUCACACACGCCCAUGUAAAGACAAAAAAAAACGUACUCUUUCUUCUGCCUGAAAGCAACUCAACUUGAAUGAAGCCCACGGACGGAGGAGUGUAUCAUCAACAUGUUAUUGUGGAUGGCUGGGAGUGUCUCAGGACUGGUACUCUUUUUUUAAAUAAGAGUACGCCUAGCUAGAACACUUUGAGUUACAGUCUGGUCCAUUUAAACACUACCACCAAUCCAGAACAGAGGUAUCCUUCGUUCGGUGCGUUUGUCUGCUGGAUCCAGUCUAGUAGUAGCCUACCGUCGUCAGCCUUGCUGCGUCAGUCGUCAUUGGCACCUAUAGUAUACAGGCCUUCUAUGUCACAUAUAAGGAAUUCAGACUGGUGUGAAUUUGAAGCAAAUAUAUUGAAAUGCUUUUGUUCUACUUGUAUUUUGUCUUGAUGACCUUAAAUGUAUCCCAUCUUACCCUGUAGUGGAUGGUGGUAGCCUCUUCUCUCCUAAAGGUUGUUUGUUCUAUGAUAUUGUGUUACUGUUGUUGUUGUUGUUGUUAUUGUUGUUGUUGUACAAGUCAAUAAAUGUACACGUAACACUGACAAAUCCUCACUGGUCCAAAAAUGACAUGACAACAACAUUGGUUUUUUGUUGUUGUUGUUUUUUUCAGUUUCUAAGUGUUAUGUUUGUAUUUUCAAAUAAUACACAAGUCAAAAUGAUUGUUAUGACCACAACAAUCCCUCACCAUCCCUCACCAUCCCUCACCAUCCCUCACCGAUGCUCAAAUGUCCAACAAUGUCCACCUAUGUCCACCUAUGUCCAACAAUGUCCAACAAUGUCCAACAAUGUCCAACAAUGUCCACCUAUGUCCACCUAAGUCCACCUAAGUCCACCUAUGUCCACCUAUGUCCACCUAUGUCACCUAUGUCCACCUAUGUACACAUACGUCCACAUAUGUACACCUAUGUCCACCUAUGUCCAACAAUGUUCACCAAUGUCCAACAAUGUCCAACAAUGUCCACCUAUGUCCAACAAUGUCCAACAAUGUCCACCUAUGUCCAACAAUGUCCACCUAUGUCCACCUAAGUCCAACUAAGUCCACCUAUGUCCACCUAUGUACACAUAUGUCCACCUAUGUCCACCUAUGUCCACCUAUGUCCAACAAUGUCCAACAAUGUCCACCAAUGUCCAACAAUGUCCACCUAAGUCCACCUAUGUCCACCUAUGUCCACCCUGCCCUGAACCACAGAAGGAUUGUUACCAUGACCAUACAGUCACCAUUUUCCCACACAAAAUAUGUUACACAACAACAAUAUAGCCCACACACACACACACGCACGCGCGCACACACACACACACAAAAACGUGCACUAUCUCUAUUAGUUUGACUCUGCUUCUUCUCAGGCUAGUGAGACAUUCCUGUUGGAAAGACAACCUACUGUGCUGAGAGCCAGUCAGUCCCACAGCGUUGGAUACUAAAGUGCUGCUACUACAGCACAUGGUGGCCUUUACAGGCUAAUGAGAAGGACAUUGUUCAUAACUGAGUGUGGCUGUCAUAGAAAUAUAGUCUAUAGAUUAUGUCUCAGUAUUUACUUCACUGUCCAUUAGGUUUGUGUUUGAGUUAGUAACAGUGCAGUUAACUUCAAUGGCUGAGAAAAAAACAAACAUAUUCUACUGAUUGACAAACAGGGUGUUUUUGUAUGUUUUUUUGGAGGGGGGGUAUUUUCUAUCAACUGUACAACAACAACCCUAGUACAUUGUUACCUACCUGUUUAAUGAAUCAUGGUUCUGUCCAAUGUCACUGGAACCCUUUGGUCCAAACAAACGGUUUGGUUUCCAAGACAACCGUUCUUGGUCCAAACAAACUGUUUGGUUUCCAAGACAACCGUUCUUGGUCCAAACAAACGGUUUGGUUUCCAAGACAACCGUUCUUGGUCCAAACAAACGUUUGGUUUCCAAGACAACCGUUCUUGGUCCAAACAAACGGUUUGGUUUCCAAGACAACCGUUCUUGGUCCAAACAAACGGUUUGGUUUCCAAGACAACAGUUCUUGGUCCAAACAAACGGUUUGGUGUCCAAGACAACCGCUUGGUUCUUUUCUCAACAAUGGCAGUAUAAGUGUGUCUUGUUUAAAUGGAUUCUGCCACCUGUUGAUCUGGUUGAUAUUAUAGUAGGGUAUUAGAGAGGACUGAAGAAAAGAAAAGAAAAAUACUGAAAAUGUUUUUGUUUUUGUUGUUGAUGCAACAAUGGAACAUGGGAAAUAAACAUUGAUUGAUGUACACA